GGCAUUCGAGCCGCUGAAGAACGGCAGGGCAUAGACCCGGACAUCAGCUGUCCCAAUGGGCGGUCUCGAUGGGCCCAUAUCGCUAGCGACGCAUUAAUAUGCAGAAAGCAGCAGACAAACAUCACCUGUAUUGCCUGUGCCUUGUUUUUUUUUUUCUAGCUUGAUUUGUAGGAGAGCACCGGAAUCUCGCAUAUUGUAUGAAACCAAGUGAACUGGACAACGCUCGAGCGACUUCAACUCGUCGCUAGGAAACGAACACACCCAACCUUUUGUCUGCUUUUUUCUUCGCUCUUCUGUCGCUCUUUUUAUCGUUCAUUUUCUCGUUAGCGCUGAUGUCAGCGCCCACGAUUUGCCGCGUUCUGCUGCCGUCUUUAUCCCUCCACUCUCCCUCCCGCCAUCCGUCAGUUCAUAAACUGACGGAGGCUCUUAUCUUUAGGUACAACGACCUACUAGAGUCUUACCGCGCGCAAAUAUUAUAAUUUAUUUCCUUCGUGCUGCUGUCUGAAGCACGAACGUAGCGGUUACAGCACGAGUAUCUAUUCCGUGUAGGAGACUUCGCUGUUGAUGCCGGCCUAUUGGCUUAUUUGCCUUAACCUUUAUUCUCGGUAUCCGUGUCAGUUGUUUUUGAGACGAAAACUGAUAGCGGCAAACGUAUCGCCUCUCUGCGAGCUUCUAAGGACGAUAGGGAGUUUUCGAAGGUCGUUUCUGCAGUCCCGCCGCAAUCUAUCCAGCGCGCUAAGAAACCCCGAGCUCUGGAGACAACGCUAGCGGAGCGCAAGCGUAGAAGUAGCGCCUUCGUUGCGGAGAGCCGUAACGGGACGGCAGAAACAAUGUACGCAAACGUCCCUACUGUCUAGGCGGGAUUGCUGGUAAACUGUGGAGGUCUGAGUAGCGCGCACAUUGCCUGUGAAUCCGGCAGGAUUUCAAGUUCAAGAUGACGACUGGCGACGGGCAACGCGAGUGCUAGCCGCCUUCCAUUCAUCAUCAUCCCCGCAACAAAACAUUCAGUGAAUCAACUCUUCGCCAUGGACUCCUCAACAAGCUGGGUUGUGGCUGCGGGUUGCUGUUGGAUCCACUUCUUCAACUACGCCAUCUUUCGGUCCGCCGCCAUUGUCUACGUGGCCAUUUUGAAUUCGCUCGACACCACCAGGGCGGAAGCGGCGUGGCCGGUCACCGUCAUGGGCAUCCUCUCCUGUGUCGCAGGUCCCGUGGUGGGAUGGCUCGCCACGCGAGUCCCAGUGUGGAAGCUGAGUGUUUGCGCGUGCCUGGUGGGAGCCCUGAGCAUAUCGGCCUGCUUCUUUGCCAACGGCACCUGGUUCCUCAUCGCCGCCAUUGGAAUCGUGCACGGCAUCAGCAUGUCGUUCACCAAUCUUUGCAACACAGUAAUCAAAGCCCACUUCACCCAGCGCAGAGCGCUCGCUUGUGGUAUAAGUUUUGCAGGACUGACCGUUUCCGGCCUGGUCUUUCCCCCACUGCUCCAGUUUUUGCUUGAAAACUACGGUCCGAAAGGAAUGUUCCUGGUGACCGGAGCCCUGAUGCUGAAUGCCACUGGAGGCGCACUGCUGCAACGCAUUCCACCAGAAAUGCCCUGCAAGUCUGCAUCAGUCCUUAAUGAAAACAAGAGGCACGACAUUUGUUUAUACAAGACAGACUCUAAUAAAAGCGACAUCCGACAGUGCCCAAAUGAUAGCAUUGGAGCUGCAUUGACAACUGAAGACGAUAAGUUCCUAGCGCAAAACGGCUUUCCUCAUAAAAACGGGGCCACUCAGGGAGUCUCUCACCCUCUAAAUGUUACGCAGGCCCUUUCGUCACAAUCAAAAACAACGACGGAUCUGGGAUAUGAGAAGCAAAACGAAUCUCAAGGAAAAGAGUGUGUGAAUCCACACCAUGCACCUGAUGACGUCGACGUUGUAAAUGACGAGACGGCAACCUAUGGUAUGAAAAGUUCCAGUAAUCAAAACAAGGUCUCCUCGCCAUCCUACCUCAGACACCCUAAAUUUUACAUCAUCGCAUUCGCAAGUUCGGUCAUCGUUUUCAACAUGUCUACGUACUCAACGGUCACUGUCGACUUUGCAACCGACAGAAAUGUCUCCGAAUGGAACGCCGUCUUGCUUCUCAUGAUGUACGCGAUUGCAGAUUUGGUGUCCAGGCUGGGAUCUGGUUGGUUUACGGACAAGGGAUUCCUGGCGAAGAGCUCGAUGAUGACCGCUAACCUUUUCCUCUGGGCACUGUCUUUAUGUGUGAUGCCUUUCUGCUACUCGUUCUACCUUCAUGCCAUUCAAGCCGUCGUCGUAGGGUGGUGUAACGGUGCUACUCUCAUCUUAGUCCCAGUGUUGCUCAUGGAGCUUGUGAACACCGACAAAUUUAGCGAGUGCUUCGGAGUGGCGCUCCUGAUCUCGGGAAUACCACUGUUGCUGAGACCAGUCUUGAUAGGCUACUUCAGGGACGAUCUGGGAGACUACCAGGGACUGUUCGUUAUUAUGGGCGUGGUGACCGCAAUUAGCGCCUUCUGCUGUUUGUUUCUCCGAGAGAUUCCUGUGGCAAAAGGUUUCCUUUAUAUGGCGUCAGAACUGUUUUGCUACAAGAAGAGGCAUGCGAACCACAACGGAACAAAAGGUGAUAAAGACAUUUACCUACAAGUGAAGAUGAAUCAGCAUGAAAGCAUCACCUAGUGCCUCUGCAAAACCGCCAAAAGACAAGAAUUAAUCUGCUGAUCAACAGCAAGGCUUACACCUUGGUGUCAAAUGAAACAAACAAAGGAAGGCAGCAAAGCGUAGCCAGCAUAGUUCCCUCGGCGGAAGUCAACAGAAACAUGCGUCAGUACAUCACCUGCUUCUGCUUAUACAUUUCAGUUUGUCGUUUUGAUGGAUCUUUCUGGUUUGAGAGAUGCUCACUUGACGAAUGGAACUUUCUAUAAAAUAUAUCUUCCAAGUGCAAAGCAAAACAGUGAAAUAAACAUUUACAGUUUGGUCUUUCAUUUUUAGUCAGCGAUGCUAAAGUUGUCACAAACCAGAGGAUUAUGCCUCAAGAGGUAGAUAUCCACUUUACCGCGCUCAUGCUCACCUUGUGUUCAACCCGGCGAAAUGAUGACUCAGUAAUGCACAUAAUGGAGCUCACGUUAAGAUUUCAAUAUUUAUCCUGAACAACGUUAAAAGAAGGCGCAUGUGUCAAAUCAAUCUGAAAUUUCACAGUGAGAGUGUUACCAACGCGUGCGAUUGCAAUCUUUACUACUUACUAAAUGUCACACGAAAAGAGAGAAAUUGCUGCUCCUUGUAUUGGUGGUGGAUCUUUCAAUUUCUUUGAGAUGCAUGCUCACGCUCACCGCCCAUAUCUUCAAAGCUUCAGGCCGCAGUUCCGGCCGCCUAGAGGUUCGAAACGGCGAGUGUUCGCCCAAGGGGAACUAGCCACUUCCGAUUUCUGCCCUGCUUACCUUGCUAUAGGCAUGAUAUUUAUACAGUGUGAAAUCUUUGCGCCCCAAUGUUUUCUAGUCACACUAACUGAAAAGCGUGUUGGUAUAAUUUACUGACCACCGAAAGACUAAAACAAACUCGGGACGCAAAACGACGAACCUUUCUUUCAGCUAGCAACGACAUGAACGUCGUUGCUAGUUGAAAGAAAUACUCGUCGUCCUUCGUCUCGAGUUUGCUUUAUUCUUUCUGGGGUCAGUCAAUGGAUUGUAGUUGCGUUAUUUUUGUCUUUUCGCGUGCACGUUUUCUUCUUGUAUGAGCCUCAUGUUUCUGCACGGUGUUUUUGCGGCUCAGUGAGACCAAUUCCCUAUACCCCCAAAAAAGUAGUACAUCCUUGACACAAACAGCGAAGGAAGGUCACUUAAAUGAAACAUCCGAGGCCAGCUGCGUGUACAUGGGCAAAACAAAUUGGGUCUUCUGUUGUGGCAACCUAAAGUCCUUUAUCGGCGGGAAAGGAUUAUGAUUGUUGCAGCUCCGUGAUCAAAAGAAAAUUGUGAACAAGCCCAACGACUUUAACCUUUUUAAAACUGUCAUUCCCGUCUUCUUCAGUAUCAUCUGGGAUAUAUACUUCGGUGCCCAUAGAAUGCAAAUCAUUAAAAUACGUGCCCUAAACUGCUGUACUAAUGUGCUGGGGUAUUGUUAUUUUCCGAGAUUUCUUUCUAUCUUUAUUUCCUCGUCUUUUAUUUUACUUGGUGCUACGCGUUGUCUAAAUGCUGGCCCCGAAUAUCAUCAUUUCAAACAAAAGCGACGCAAAGAAAACAAAGGUUUAUAAUCCCUGAACACUGCCCCACAUCAUAUAAACCUUCUUCGAUCGGUUUGUUUUCAUACUAGCCCGAUGCGGCAGGAAUCAAAAUAAAUGUGCUGGUUAACAAUGCUUUGCGAUUUGUUGGCGCAAGUACUCCAUCGCAUUUACAAAAAGCUCUAAGCGAACAUUACAUUUUUUUGUCAAUGUUAAAUAAUGGUGGGUGGUAAAUAACUGACAUUUUGUGACGACUUGCUGUGCAUUUAAAAAAAAAGCGUUAGAAUUACUUAAGUAAUAAACUACCCCGCACCUCUC